AUGGUGAUACUUUUACAGUUUUUGACAUUUAGCUAUUUGGUGUGUUCUAGUUUUGCACAAAUAUCAAUUCAGGGUGGUUGUCCAUCUUUUGAUUGCUGUAAAGAAGAAUUUACACCUUUGCCAGUCGAAGAUAUGACUGGAAUUUGGUACCUUUAUGGUGGAGUUCCUUUCUUUUUUGAUGUAAAUACAAAAUGUACUAAAGUUAAUGUCUCGUCUUUAUCAUCGAACUAUUUCUAUAUGCUCACAACUCAAAUCGAGACCAGUUCAGGAGAAAUCAGAAUAACAGAUGGAUUUGGCAACUUUACUAUUAAUGGAGAAGUCACAACAUUAGUUUCAGAUCUCAGGGUUCCAAUACCUUAUGUCAUCAUCAAAGAUACUCCUGAAUAUAUUAUAAUGUUUGCUUGUUUAGAAUGUGGAUUCUUUUCAACCGAAGGUGCUGGAUUGUACAUCUAUUUAUAUACAAAAGAAGAGCUUCCUCCGUUGACAUUAGUCAAUGAAAUAAACGAAAAGCUAGAACAAUGCGGUGUUCCAUUGGAUAUUAUACAAAGACAAGAUCAAAUCACUUGUGCACUAUCAGUUUAA